GCAAGGACGCCCGUCUACUUUCUCGGCAUUGGCGGGCCCAAUUCAAUGGUCAACACAGAGCAUCCAUCCUACUCCCAAAUCAUCUCAAUUGGCCACGAAAUUGCUACACAAGUCAAACCGAGAGCAGUAGUCGUCUUCUCAGCUCAUUGGCAAGACGGCCCAAGCAAAGUUUCAAUCAAUGUUGCCGAACAAGCUGACAUCAUUUACGAUUUCUACGGCUUCCCGAAGCACUACUACGAGUAUAAGUUUCCCAAUAAAGGAAGUCCUGAGAUUGCUGAGAAGGUCAUUGAGAAGCUGACGGGUGCUGGAAUCGAAGUUGAGAGGGUCGAGCGAGGGCUGGACCAUGGUGUUUGGGCUGGUUUUAUCGUUGCUUUCGACCCCAAGAAGAACCCGUUGAAUGUGCCAAUUGUGCAAGUCUCUUUGUUCGCCAGUGAAGACACAGACCAACAUUAUCGCAUGGGACAAGCACUUGAAAGCCUCCGAGAUGAAGGCAUCCUGAUCAUUGGUGCAGGAAUGGCUGUCCACAAUCUUCAUGAUUUCCGAGCUUCAAGAGGAACUGGGCAAACUAUGCCGUACACCUUCAGCUUUGACGAAGCAUUGAAAGAAGCUGCCGAAUCAAAGCCUGAAGAACGGCGGGCAAACAUGCUGGAAUCGAUGAAGGCCAGUGAUGCUCGGAAGGCGCAUCCUACCUUGGAACACAUCCUUCCCAUGCAUGUUGCUGCGGGAGCUGCGGGCUUGGAUGUUGGUGAGAGAUUGUGGACUUUGCCUGAAGGGAGUUUGAGUUGGGCGCAGUAUCGAUUUGGGAAACUGUAG